AUUAUACACUCAAUUCCAACCGCUAAAGGUAAACAAAUAUAUUAGGUCUAUUAAAAUUAAAUAAAUGGCUAAACAUCAUCCAGAUUUAAUCUUUUGUCGUAAGCAACCUGGAGUUGCUAUCGGCCGAUUGUGCGAAAAAUGUGAUGGCAAAUGUGUUAUUUGUGAUUCCUAUGUUCGACCAUGCACAUUAGUACGUAUUUGCGAUGAAUGUAAUUACGGAUCUUAUCAGGGGCGUUGUGUUAUUUGUGGCGGACCAGGUGUUUCCGAUGCUUAUUAUUGUAAAGAGUGCACAAUACAGGAAAAAGACCGCGAUGGUUGUCCCAAAAUUGUAAAUCUUGGAAGCUCUAAAACAGAUCUGUUCUACGAAAGGAAAAAAUAUGGUUUUAAGCAAAACUAUUAGCAUUGGAUAUUAUAAUUUCCUAUAUUUUAUACUUUAAUCCACAAAAUAUAUAAAUUUAGCAAACAGACAUAUAAUAUACCUCAAAUCAAAGAAUAAAAAUGUGAAUUCAUCUAAAAUGA